AUGGGCAACCCCAAGUCCCUGGAGGAGGAGGCAGUGGCACCGGUGGCAAUGGUAGUGGAGGAGGUGGAGGUGGAGGUGGAGGUGUAGGAGGAGGUUCCGGUGGUGUUGGUGUUACACAGAAACUGACAACCAAUGAUGCACUAACGUAUUUGAAGGAAGUUAAGGACAUGUUUCACAAUCAGAGGGAGAAGUAUGACAUGUUCCUUGACGUAAUGAAGGAUUUUAAGGCUCAAAGAAUUGACACUACUGGAGUCAUAGCAAGGGUGAAAGAAUUAUUCAAAGGACACAAUAAUCUUAUCUUUGGGUUUAAUACCUUCUUGCCAAAGGGUUAUGAAAUCACCAUGACUGAUGAUGAAGAAGCUCUUCCAAAGAGAACGGUUGAGUUUGAUGAGGCUAUAAGCUUUGUAAAUAAGAUAAAGAAACGGUUCCAAAAUGAUGAUCAUGUGUACAAAUCAUUCCUCGACAUCCUUAAUAUGUACCGAAAAGAGCACAAGGGCAUCACUGAGGUCUACCAAGAGGUUGCAGCACUUUUCGAUGAUCAUCCAGAUUUGCUUGAGGAGUUCACAAGGUUUUUGCCGGAUGCCUCAGCUACAGCAUCAGCACCACAUGUUCCAUUUGGCAGGCAAUCUUUUCAUCGCUAUGACGAAAGGAGCUCUGCUAUGCCCACACUUCGGCAGACACACGUGGACAAACAACGCUGCCGGAGGGACAGGAUUAUGAGUCCCCAUGCUGAACGCGAUCUAAGUGUUGAGCGUCCUGAUCUGGAUGAUGAUAAAACAAUGAUGAAACUGCAGAAGGAGCAGAGGAGGCGUGCUGAAAAGGAGAACAGGGACAGGAGAAAUCGUGAUCAGGAUUACAGAGAACCUGAGCACGACAACAAUAGGGACAUGAGCAUGCAUUGUCUUUCCGACAAAAGAAAAUCUGCACGGAAACUUGUCGACUAUGGAGUGAAUCCUAAUUUGGCCUCUUAUGAUGAUAAAGAUGCUUUGAAAAGCUUGUACAACCAAGAGUUCGCUUUCUGUGAGAAGGUGAAGGAGAAGUUACACAGUCCAGAUGAUUACCAGGCAUUCUUGAAGUGUCUUCAUAUUUAUAGCACAGAAAUUAUUACGAGAAAGGAAUUGCAAAAUUUGGUUGCUGAUCUACUUGGGAAAUACCCAGAUCUCAUGGAUGGGUUCAAUGAGUUUUUGGAGCGUUGCGAGAAUGGAUUUCUUGCUGGUGUUAUAAGCAAAAAAUCUUUGUGGAAUGAAGGGCAAGCAUCCAAAUCAAUGAAAGUAGAGGAGAAAGACAAAGAAAUGAAGCGUGAAAUGGAUGGAGCGAAAGAAAAAGAUAGAUGCAAGGAGAAGUAUUGGGGAAAAUCCAUUCAAGAGCUUGACCUCUCUAACUGCCAAAGUUGCACUCCCAGUUAUCGGCUUCUUCCGGAAGAUUACCCAAUACCUUCAGCAAGCCAGAGGUCUGAGCUUGGUGCUCAAGUUUUGAAUGAUUAUUGGGUAUCCGUUACUUCGGGUAGUGAGGAUUACUCUUUCAAACAUAUGCGCAGAAAUCAAUACGAGGAAAGCCUGUUUCGAUGUGAAGAUGAUAGGUUUGAAUUAGACAUGUUGUUAGAGUCUGUGAGUUCAACAGCUAAGCGUGCAGAAGAGUUGCUAAACAGCAUUAAUGAUAAUUCAAUCAAUCCAGAGAGUCCUAUCCGAAUUGAGGAUUACUUCACAGCUCUAAAUUUGAGGUGCAUUGAACGUCUAUAUGGUGACCAUGGUUUGGAUGUGAUGGACAUACUGCGUAAAAAUCUUUCUCUUGCGUUGCCAGUAAUAUUAACUCGCCUGAAGCAGAAACAAGAGGAGUGGACAAAAUGCCGCUCAGAUUUUAAUAAAGUGUGGGCUGAAAUUUAUGCUAAGAACCAUUACAAGUCACUUGAUCACCGGAGCUUCUAUUUCAAGCAACAAGAUUCAAAGAAUUUGAGCACAAAAUCCUUAGUGUCCGAGAUCAAAGACAUUAAGGAGAAAAAACAGAAAGAGGAUGAUGUGCUUCUUGCUAUCGCUGCUGGAAGUAGGCAUGCUAUACUUCCAAAUCUUGAGUUUGAAUACUCCGAUGCUGAAAUACAUGAAGACUUGCACAAACUUGUGAAGUAUUCAUGUGAAGAGGUUUGCACAUCCAAAGAACAAUUCAACAAAGUUAUGAGGCUUUGGACUGCCUUCUUGGAGCCGAUGCUGGGUGUUCCUUCUCGGCCUCAUGGUUCAGAUGGGUCUGAAGAUGAUGUAAUACCAAGGCAUCGCUAUGUGAAAAAUAUUGUGACAAACAUUGGAGAAAGUAAUGGAAGUCUUGGUGUUGAUGCUACUACCAUGAAUUCAAAGCAGUCAAAAGCCAUCUGCAAUGGAGAUGAAAGCACUUCACCGCAACGAGGAAACUGUUUCAGGAGUAGCUUGGUAACUGCCGAUACUCUGGCCAAGGAAGAUGGUUUUUGUCUGGAGAAAGAUCAAAAGAAUAUAGCUGCUUUGGAUAAGGUUUCUGGUUUAAAUUGUACUGGGGGUUCUAGGGAAUGUUUAGUAAGUUCUGAUGUCCCACUUGCCAAUGGAGCAGAUACCAGUCAUGUGAGGAACAUCACGGAAGUGACUUCAGGGCUUGGUGCAAAUUCUUCCAGAACUAUGAAUGGUGCUGCUGAGUAUGGACCCAAUGCUAGUGUUGAUGAUCUACAUUCAUCAGAGUGUGUUGAUGUUAUAAGAUCGCUUCCAUUGGCCAAUGGAGGGUUCCGAGAAGGCACUAAAUUUAACCGAUAUAAUGGGGACUCUGUAGAUCCUUCCAAAAUGGAAAAAGAAGAGGGCGAGUUGUCACCUAAUGGUGAUUUUGAAGAGGAUAAUUUUGUUUAUGGAGCUGUUGUUUCACAGGCUAUGCCUAACACAAAGUAUACUGCCGGAAACAUUCAAUAUCAAACUGGAAGUGGAGAAGAGAUCUGUUGUCAGGAUGGUGGAGGGGAAAAUGGUGCAGAUGCUGAUGAUGAGGAUAGUGAAAAUGUUUCUGAGGCUGGUGAAGAUGUUUCAGGCAGUGAAUCUGCUGCUGAUGAGUGCUCACGGGAAGAGCCAGAGGAGGAGGAAGAUGGGGAACGUGACGAGCUUGAUGGUAAAGCGGAGAGUGAAGGUGAGGCAGAGGGGAUGGCUGAUGCAAACUUUGUUGGAGGUGAUGGCAUAUCAUUGCCACAGUCCGAACAUUUUCUUCUGACAGUAAAGCCUCUGGCGAAGCGUGUGGCAUCCUGUUAUGAGGAAAAGAAGAAUUAUCGAGUUUUUUAUGGAAAUGAUACUUUCUAUGUGCUUUUCAGGCUUCACCAAAUAUUGUAUGAAAGAUUACUAUCAGCCAAAAUGAAUACGACAUCUGCUGAAAUGAAAUGGAGAACUGGGAAGGAUACUCCUCCUCCUGAUCUAUAUGCCAGAUUUAUGAGUGCUCUAUAUAAUUUGCUCGAUGGAUCUGCUGAUAAUGCAAGGUUUGAGGAUGAUUGCCGAGCCAUAAUUGGAAAUCAGUCUUAUGUGCUAUUUACAUUGGACAAGUUGAUAUAUAAGCUGGUCAAGCAGCUUCAAACUGUUGCAAGUGAUGAGAUGGACAAUAAACUUCUUCAAUUAUACGAAUAUGAAAAAUCUCGGGGACUUGACAAUUAUGUUGAUUCGGUCUAUUAUGAGAAUGCACAUGUCAUCCUCCAUGACGAGAACAUAUACCGAUUUGAAUGCUCACCCGGUCUGCCCUGUUUGACCAUCCAGUUGAUGGAUGAUGGAAAUGAAAAGCCUGAUGUGGUUGCAGUUUCCGUGGACCCUAAUUUUGCAGCUUAUCUCCACAACGAUUUUCUUUCAGUUUUUCCUUGCAAAAAAGAUUCGGCUGGCAUCAUGCUUAAAAGAAGUAAGCGCAAAUAUGCAGAUCUUGAGGAAUCUUAUGCUAUAUGCAUGGCUAUGGAAGGUGUCCGUUUGGUCAAUGGAUUGGAGUGUAAGAUGACUUGCAACUCAUCAAAGAUCUCCUAUGUACUCGACACUGAAGACUACUUCUUUCGUGUGAGAAGGAAAAGAAGAGAUUUGUCUGGAGGAAGAUCUUCAUGCCAUAAUCAGUCAAGACAACAAAGGUUUCAUAGAUUUUUAAUGGCCUCCCGAUAACAUUCCAUGCCUUUCUUUUUAUGGUGAUACCAUGACGAUCAAGAAUGUGCUGGCGCAAGUAAUUGAACCUACAAAGGCUUUAUUGCGGCACCCUCAUGCAGCAGCCAAUAAUAUGAGCAGAGGGGAAUGAAUCGGGGAUGUUGUAUCUCGUAGUUCAUACCAACGGCAGUUGAGCCAUUGUUCUGCUGUAAAUAGGGUUUAAUCUUCGUGUUACUGUAAAGUUAUUUGUUUAUUAGGUUGUGCUUUACUUUCCCAAGACUCUCUUCCUGUAACAAUUUCUGGCAACCCCCCAUUAGUGAUACUUGGCUAGAUUAUCAAAGGGAAAGUAGUGGAGAUAGAGGAGAAUUAUAUAUAGCUGACGAGAUCACACAUUUGAAACACAAAUUGCAUUUUGUUCUGGCCUUGUACAGAGCAUCUUACAAUUGAUUCUAGCUUCAUGUGGUAGAGUUUGUGUCCUUUUUGGUUUUUAUCAUUGUUUCAGUUGGUGGUAAGGUUGCGUACAACUAACUCUUUUCAGACUCCACAAUGGCGAGAGGCUUGGGUACG